CCAAUGUUUGAAAGUCGUUCCCCGCCGGAGCACUUUAGAUGUUGGACGGGAGCGAUGGAAAGAUGGCGGCGGCCAUCGUACAGAUGUCUUGUUUGUACCGGGGGAUGUUAGCGGUCAGGGCCACCGGCAUCAGGACGCUGAUCCCCGGGCUGGUCCCGGCGCAGUUCAGAGCCUUCUCAUUGCGGAAGGAGCCGGAGCUGGAGCAGAACCCGUACUACAACAAGUACCAGGACAAGAUCCAGAAGCUGCGCAGCGCCAAACCCCAGGAGUUCAAGGCCCGAGUGGAGAAAAGUCAUGAGGCCAAGAAGGAAGUGCUGGGACACUCAAAACAGGCGGAGUUCGUCAGGCUCAUGGAGCAGGAGUUGGAGAAAAGGGACAAGAUGGCUGCCGGCGAGGGAGCGUCCGGAGGUUUCACGAAGAACAAGGGCAAUGAGGUCCUAAAAUAUGACGACAGACAUUCGAAGCUUCAUUGGAAAACCCUCAAUAAAAGCGCUCCUUUGAAUACGCUGGACUCCAUCCUGAACCUGGAGAUGAUCGCAGACAAGACGGGCGAGGAGAUUGCCGAGCUUUGGAUGAAAUAUUAUUCGACCAAGGACACAAUCAGCGCCGUGAUCCCGACGCAGAUGUACGAGGUGAUUCUGAGCAGAUCCAAGUCGUGCCCGAUGUUCCUCUACGCUCUACCUCAGAGGGAGGGCUACGAGUUCUUCUUGGGUCAGUGGUCCGGACACGAGCUCCACUUCACCUCCCUCAUCAAUGUCCAGAUGCUGGGCGAGAACGCUCCCAGUCAGCUGAUCCUCUACCACUACCCAGACCUGAAGGACGAGAAGGGCGUGGUCCUCAUGACGGCCGAGCUGGACCCCAAGUUCAUAACCGUGCACCAGGCUCAGUGCUUGGCCAAUCAGGUGCAGAUGUUCUACGGCACGCAGAGGCAGGAGACGUACCGAUUGGUCGAGACAUUCAACCACCACCCUGCGGACUUCAAACACAUGUCGGUGAUAGCAGAGCUGGAACAGAGCGGCCUGGGGUCGGCGGUCCACGCCGGGGGAUCGUAGGGAGACCGGUGAUGGAGCCAAGUCACCAACCAGCUGGCCUACGGUCGGAUUCCCAGGAACUGUCGGUGUUUAUUUAAAGUCACAGAGAGAUGUGUGCGGCUUUGCUCAGCACUUCCCAUGAGCAUACACCUAUUCCUCAUACUGUACUGCAUAAUAAUUUAAAGGAGCAUCAGAAGCUUCUCAUGAACUCUGUCUGGGACUUGAUCACAUGACAGCUGCUGCACAUCUAUCAUUGUGCGUACAUUUGUAACCAUAGACGAAUAAUGUGGUAUUGAUCAGUUCUAUGAUAAAUAAAGCCCUCUGUAUCCUUCCCUCCAUAUUAGACCGGGCUAGAAGGACUUUGUUAGCCCAGUAGCUAUCCCUGAAAACCAAAAAGAUGUUUAAUAAAUCCCCUUCAAAACCCCAAA